AUGGACCCUGAGAAUAGCACUUCUGUGAGUGAAUUUAUUCUCCUGGGAUUAACGGAGCAGCCAAGUCUCCAACUCCCCCUGUUCUUCCUAUUUCUAGUAAUGUACAUAGCAACUGUGUUGGGAAAUUUGAGCUUAAUAACUCUAAUUGGGUUAAAUUCACACCUUCACACUCCCAUGUACUUUUUUCUCUUUAACUUAUCUGUCAUUGACCUCUCUUACUCUUCUGUUUUUUCACCUAAAAUGUUGGUGAAUUUCAUAUCAAAGAAGAAUGUUGUCUCUUACACAGGAUGUAUGAUCCAGUUGUACUUUUUCAGUUUCUUUUCCAUUGCUGAGUGCUAUGUGCUGACAGCAAUGGCCUACGAUCGCUACGUGGCCAUCUGUAGUCCACUUCUGUAUAAUGCCGUCAUGUCCCCUAGAGUAUGUUGCAGCCUAAUGCUUGACUCACACCUGAAGGCAUUCUCUGGGGCCAUGGCCCACACGGGGUGCAUGCUGAGACUGACCUGCGACGCAAACACCAUCAACCACUAUUUCUGUGACAUUCUCCCUGUGAUUCAGCUCUCCUGCACCAGCACCUAUGUCAAUGAACUGGAGGUUCUCAUCGUGGUGGGGAUCAACAUCAUUGUGUCCAGCGUUACCAUCAUCACCUCUUAUGAUUUCAUCCUCUCUAAUAUCCUUCAGCUGAGGUCCACUGAGGGCAGGUCCAAAGCCUUCAGCACUUGCAGUUCCCACAUAAUUGCAGUUGCUCUGUUCUUUGGGUCGGGUGCCUUCAUGUACCUUAAGCCUUCCUCGGCUGGAUCUAUGGAUGAGGGAAAGAUCUCUUCUGUGUUUUAUACCAACACAGUUCCAUUAAUGAACCCUUUAAUUUACAGCUCGAGGAACAAUGAUAAAAAAAUCUUAGUUUAUAAAACUUAA